GCUGUCAAAAGACCUCUCAAAAUACCCCCCAGAUUCAUUCCCUACAUGGAAAAACAUAGAAUAUAUGAAUUAUUUCAGGAGAUUGCGAGCCAAUUAAUAAUUAAAAAGCCAUCGGACCACAUUCUUUACGUGAAGCAAUGCUUGCAACACGCAGCUAGAAGUAGAGAUGCACCGAGGAUCAUUCUCCUGUGUCCACUCGAUUUCGAUGGAAAAUUGCUGGCUGAAUAUCUGGAUUUGAAAUUGGGGAUAAAAGCUAUAAGCUUGCAAGACGUGGAUGCUUUCAAUUCCAGCGAAGAAUUCGCAUCGAAUGUUCGGAACAUUUUGAGGAAAUUAUAUUUCGAAGAAUCUGGAUGGUUAUUUAUUGAUUUUCCUAGAACAAAAUCGGAAGCUCGUGCCCUGCAAUCCGUCGGGAUCCUCCCUACCCAUGUAAUCGAGAUAACCUGGACAGAUUUUCCGAUAGAAUCCUCGGCGUCCCCAAGUCAAUAUCCCUCCACAGCCUCCAGCCAAAAUUCACAUGAUAAUAUUUUCCACAAAACCCUGGACAUGCGCAAUCUCCAGGACCUUCGUUCGGUCUACUCCUCGGUUCUAAUUCAAGUAGAGACUGCGGGGAGAACGUACGAGGAACUCGGAAGAGCCUGCAUUGCACUGGCUAGAAGAAGAAAGUGCUCGACGCCUUGUUAUAAUUUCCGGGUCGUUCUCAUUGGUCCAAGAGGGUCAGGACGUCGAUCCGUGGCUAAAUAUCUCUCCCAGAAGUAUAAUCUCGUGUACAUUGAUUUUGAUUACCUAUUGGCACAAACGAGACUGCAAGAUAACGCAUUUGGAAUCACUUUGAGGUGUUUAAGUCGUUGGGGAAUCAGAGAGAAAUCAGAUAUAAAGAUCAAAAUUAUUGAGAAUAAACUGAUGGGCAGUGAGUGUUUGAAGAAGGGGUGGGUCUUGUUCGGAUAUCCGAUUACCGUUGAGGACUUUAAACUUCUCGAUUUACUCGCUACACCUCCAAACAGAAUUAUCUGUAUCAAUGUCGAUGAGGCGACGUGCCAGGAGAGAUUGUUCUCGAGGAAGUUCAAUAUUUACACUGGGAGUGAGCAUAAUUCCAGAAGAAGUGGGGAGGAAGCUGAUGUGGAACUUGCCACCCAUUUUGAGGAUUGUGAAAUUGUCGUCAAUCACACUCUCACAGAAUACUUCGAAAAUGUUACAUCACUACUGAGGUAUGCAGGUGAAUCUGCGGUCCUGGUGGAUGGUACGGUCAGUGAGAGGAGUGUAAAAGAAAAGGUGGAAUCGUGCUUGAGCCGAGCUCCAUCUGCCCCUCCUCGUAUUCGAAAACCAAAGGAGGAAAUAAAACCAGAGGAUAUCGAAUUCGAUCCCGAUGAUCCAACGGAUUUCAAGAUUUAUGACGAUCUGCGGAAACCAGAGUCCAUUCUUUCCCUAGUCUAGUUCAUGAUGCAUUUGCUUUGAAAAUUUUUACAUCCUUCAGCCAAUUCUGCAACUCUGAUUCUAAAUUACUUGUACUUAAAUGCAACUUUGAACACAACUCCUCAUGAAUCGCGUAAUUAUUUCUGAUUUU